AUGGCCCCACCAGAUAACGAAAGUGCGCUGCCCACGCCUCCCACGUCUCGGAAACCCACGGGAACAUACUCUGCGCAGCAAUAUCGGCACCUCGUGACGAAGGUGUACCAGGAGAAGAACCCCGCCAUGCUCGGCGACCUGGCUUUCAUCUUCACCAAGUACGAGGGCCGAGAGGCCAGGAUGGCAAGUUCCGAUUCCUUUGCGAAGGUUGCCACUGUGGGGGUUGUGAGUGCAGCCGCAGGGGCGGCCCUGGCCUAUGCCGUGUCAAAGGGCCCCGCCCCUGUGGAGAAGCCGAAGAAAGUUCAACUCGACCCACGGAUCGCAGCCGUAUUGGAGGCUGCUCGUGCCGAGUGUGGCGAGGGCAAGUGGGGUCCCGAUGAUGGCGCCACGGCCACCGCUUGGGUUGCCUACCAGAUGUCGGACAAUGCGUUCAUUUUCCCCAUCACGCCGUCCACGCUCCUCUCGGAGAUGUGUGACACCUGGUCGGCAGGUGGCGUCCAGAAUGCUUUUGAGCAGGUGACGAAGAUCACCCAGCUGCAGUCGGAAGCAGGUGCUGCAGGUGCAAUGCAUGGUGCCUUGGCGGUCGGUGGGCUUGCCACGACCUUCACGGCCUCUCAAGGGCUUUUGCUGAUGGUCCCCAACAUGUACAAGAUCGCCGGUGAGUUGACUCCCUGCGUCAUGCAUGUGGCCGCCCGUGCUGUGGCGGGACAGGCCCUGAGCAUCUUCGGCGACCAGAACGACAUCCAAGCUGUGCGCUCCACGGGCUUCGCAAUUUUGUUCGGGAGCACCGUGCAGCAGGCCCUGGACUUCGCGCUGGUCUCGCACAUUGCCACGCUCCGCUCCCGGGUGCCCUUCGUGCAUGCCUUCGAUGGCUUCCGCACGUCGCAUGAGAUCCAAAAGAUCCAGGCCUACCCGAAGGAGAUUUUUCAAAAGGUCGUGGAGCUCCUGGCCCCGGAGAUCGAUGCCCACCGCUCCCGGGCCCUGAACCCCAACCACCCCCACGCACGGGGCACGGCGCAGUGCGACGACAUCUACUUCCAGGCCGUGGAGGCCGCGAACAAGUACUACCUGGAUGUGCCCGAAGUCGUCGAGGAAGCCUUCCUCUGGAUCGAGAAGCUGAGCGGACGUAAGUACUCCCUCUUUGAGUACGUGGGGAACCCUCGUGCCAAGUAUGUGCUGAUCCUCAUGGGCUCCGGUGCCGGGGUCGUGGAGGAGUACCUGGCCAAGAUGGGUGACAAGGCCAAGGACUGCGGUUGCCUCAACGUCCAUCUCUACAGGCCCUGGAGCGAGAAGCACUUCCUGGCAGCCCUUCCAAACCUGUCAUCCCUGAGGGCAGUGGCCGUGUGCAACAAGAUGAAGGAUCCUGCGGCCCACGGUGAGCCUUUGUACCUGGACGUUUGCACCUCCCUUCAGAGGGCGAAGUGCUCGGCCAACGUCAUCAACGGCCGCUACGGCCUCUCCAGCAAGGACUUCACGCCGGGCAUGGUGGAUGCCAUCUACAACAACCUCCGCUCCCGAAAUCCGAAGCAUCCCUUCACUGUGGGUUUGGAGGAUGAUGUGACCCACUACUCCCUCCCCUUUGGCCGAAUGGAGACGGUCCCCUCACACACGAAGCAGUGCAUCUUCUGGGGCUUCGGUAGUGAUGGAACAGUGGGCGCCAACAAGAACACCAUCAAGAUCAUUGCGCAGAACACGCCCCUCUAUGCCCAGGGCUACUUCAAGUACGAUGCGCUGAAGUCAGGCGGUGUCACGAUCUCGCAUCUUCGAUUUGGGCCGGAGCCUAUCAAGGGAAGCUACCUCAUCGAUGCUGGCUGCAACUACCUGGCCAUCCACAAGAAGGAAUACAUCUUCAGCUUCUUCGCGGAUCUGAUGCUGGGCCCGCUGGCGGAUGGAGGCACUCUGGUCCUGAACUGCCCGUGGUCCGAUGCAGAGCUGACGUCCGUUCUUCCGGCGCCCUUCCGCAAGAUCAUUGGGGAGAAGAAGCUGAAGGUCAGCGCCAUCGAUGCCAGUGCAGUGGCGAAGCGAACGGGAAUGGGCAAGCUCAUCAACAACAUCAUGACGGCAGUCUUCUUCGAAUUGUCGGGGGUGCUCCCCACGGAGCAGGCCCUGUCUCUGCUGAAGGACGCGGUGAAGAAGACCUACAAGAACAAGGGCGACGCGAUCGUCAACCAGAACAUCAAGGCCGUGGAGGCGGCCAUCGAGGCCUUGCGCACCGUCGACUACGACGCCUCCGCCUGGGCGGCGUUGGAGUCGGAUCCCAAUGUGGUCUACGCCAAGACCCGUGUGGAGACCCCGCCGACCUACGUCACGGAGGUCUUGGACAAGGUCCAAACCAUGAGAGGCCACGAGCUGAAGGUCAGUGAGGUCGAGGCCGAUGGUUGCGUGCCGCUCUCACAGACGCGCUACGCCAAGCGCGGCGUGGCCGAGUCCGUGCCGGUGGUGGACAUGGACAAGUGCAUCCAGUGCAACGUUUGCAGUGCCAUUUGCCCUCAUGCCGUGAUCCGGCCCUUCCUGCUGUCACAUGCGGAGCUCAAGAAGGCCCCCGAAGCGUUUGAUGCACGCAAGGCCACGGGUGGGAACACCUAUGCCGGACUGCACUUCCGCAUCCAAGCCUCUCCGAACGACUGCACUGGCUGCGAGGUCUGCACCAACGCCUGUCCAGUUGGAGCUUUGUCCAUGCUACCCCGCGUGGAGUCACUCGACAAGGGCCACGGUGACAACUGGGACUACGCCAUGACGAUUCCGAACCGCGGCAAGCGCUUCGAUGCCAAUACCCUCAAGGGCUCCCAGUUCCAGGAGCCUUUGCUGGAGUUCUCGGGUGCAUGCGAAGGAUGCGGCGAGACGCCUUAUGCUAAGCUUGUGACGCAAAUGUUCGGCAAGCGCUUGAUUGUCGCCAAUGCCACAGGCUGCAGCAGCAUUUGGGGAGGAACUGCCGGCUGGGUUCCCUAUGCCACGGACAAGGAGUCAGGCAAGGGCACCGCCUGGGGCAACUCGCUUUUCGAAGACAACGCAGAGUACGGCCUGGGACAGGUCAUCCACGUCCGCCAGCGCCGCCGCCAGCUGCGUGACCGCGUGGAGGCCGCUCUCGCAAGGGCCGGGAAGUCCCUGAGCGUCGCGCUGCGGAGCCUGCUGGAGCAGUGGCUGGAGUUUGGGGAGGACGGCAUCAUCUCGGAGCGGUUGAGCGAUGAGAUCCUGCCUCUUCUAGAUGCCGAGCAGGGGAAGGCCAAGGAGAUUGCCGAGCUCAUCCGCCUGAAAGACAUGUUCACUAAGCCUUCGAUGUGGAUGUUCGGCGGAGACGGUUGGGCCAACGACAUCGGCUAUGGUGGCAUCGACCACGCGAUUGCCAGCGGCAACAACGUGAAGAUCGUGGUGCUGGACACCGAGGUCUACUCCAACACCGGUGGCCAAUCGUCGAAGUCCACGCCCAUGGGAGCUGUGGCCAAGUUCGCUCAGGCCGGCCGUGAUCAGCGAAAGAAGGACCUCGGGGCCAUGGCAAUGGCCUACCAGCACGUCUAUGUUGCUUCGGUGGCCAUUGGUGCGAAUUACAAGCAGUGUGUUGAGGCCUUCGCCGAAGCCGAGAAGUACGAUGGGCCGGCCUUGUUGAUGUGCUAUGCCCCGUGCAUUGAGCACCGCUUCUUCAAGACAGGUCUCUCCGCGAUGUCCUUGGACCAGCGCGAUGCUGUCGAGUGUGGCUACUGGCCCCUCUACCGCUUCAAUCCGCAUCUCGCGAAGGUCGGCGACAACCCCUUCAUCCUCGACUCCAAGAAGGUCACCGGGGACGUCAUGAAGUUCCUGAACCGCCAGAACCGCUAUGCCCAGCUCGUGAGGAGCUCGCCCGCAGUGGCGGAGAAGCUCCAGGGGGAGCUGCAGACGUACCUGAAGCAGCGCCAUGCCAGCCUCAAGGCCAAGGCUUCCGAACUCUCCCAGGAUGUGGCGGCUCUGAAGGAUGGCUUGAAGCAGGCAAACUCCGUUUCCGAGCCUCUUCUCAUCGCCUUCGGCUCGGACACGGGCGUCACGGAGCAGGUGGCCAAGAAGUUCGCAGGCCUCUGCGCGGAGAGGGGGGUCCAGGUCCGGAGGACCUGCGACUUGGAUGAGGUCAGCGACAUGGAGGAGCUGAAGUCCGCUGCGCUUGGAGCGACCAUGGUGGUGAUGUGCUCGACCUGCGGCCAUGGCGACUUCCCACAGAACGCCGGGCUGUUCUGGAGCAGCCUGUCCGCAUCGACUCUGGCACCCAAGGAGCUCGACUGCGUUCGCUUCUGUGUCUUUGGCAUGGGCGACCGAUCCUAUGCUGAUUCCUUCUGCGAGGCAGCGAAGAAGAUCGAAGAGCGCUUCGUGCAGCUAGGUGCCACGCGCAUCUUGGACAUGGGCAUUGGUGAUGACCGGGACGAGGACAAGUGGGAGACGGGCUUUACAGCCUGGCUUCCAAAGUUUUGGGCUGCUAUCAAGGCCCCUGAGCCUGUGGAUGACGGUAGGCCAAAGGCUCCUCUCUUCGAGGUGAAGUACCACGAGAAUGCUGCAGGCGUCACGGCGCCCAUGGUCCCUCCUGGUGCUCAGCUGCUGACGGUGACGGAGAAUCGACGCCUCACUCCCAACGAGUACGAGCGUGACAUCCGCCACCUGGCUUUGAGCCUCCAGGGCGUGGACUUUCCCUUCGACCUCGGCGACGCCGUCGCCUUGUACCCAGAGAAUUUGCCCCAGGACGUGGAUGAAGCACUCAAGUUCCUGGAUUUGGAUGGCGACAAGGUCAUCAGCGUCAAGUGCGUCGGCGAUGUGUCGGAGCGCCACCGUCGUUGCUUCGACCAGCGUGUGACGAUUCGGCAAGUGCUGACGAACAUGAUCGACCUCUUUGGCCGUCCAUCUCGUUCCUUCGUGACAGAGCUUGCCCGCUUCGCCAACAACGCCGAUGCCCAGGCACUCCGGAGACUAGGUUCGCCGGCCGGCAAUACCGCCUGGACCGCGCUGGUCGACGAGUGCCCAUCCUUCUUCGACAUCAUGAAGAAGUACCCCAGUGCGAAGAUGCCUUUGGAGCAGCUGAUCUCCGUGCUCCCCAUGAUCAAGCCGCGCAUCUACUCCAUUGCCUCGGAUGCACGCUACAGCCCGAAGGCCGUUGAGUUCACGAUCGUCAUCAACCAGUGGAAGUCCAAGGCGACCGGUGCUGUGAAGACAGGCACCUGCACCAAGUUCAUCCAGCACAUGCCGGUGGGCAGCAAGGUGCCCUGCGCGGUCGUCUGCGGUACGUUCCAGUUCCCGAAGGACGACGUCACCCCAAUGGUCAUGGUUGGCCUCGGAACGGGCAUUGCCCCUAUUCGCUCCUUCAUGCAGGACAAGCUGUACAAGAAGAGCCGUGGAAUCAAAACUGGACCCAUGGUGGUCUUCUACGGCUGCCGGCAUGAAAAGGAGGAGCUCCUCUACAAGGAGGAGUGGAAGAUGUACGAGAAGGAGGGCAUCUUGACGGCGCUGGUGGGCGCUUUCCAGUUCGACAAGCCCCACUACCCACCGAAGCAGAUCUUCGUUUCGGAUAAGAUGGCAGAGCGGCCGGAGCUUAUCAGCGACAACCUUUUGGAGAAGGGUGGCUACUUCUUCAUGUGUGGGCCAGCGGUCGCCACGCCGUCGGUGCAGAAAGCGCUCAAGGCGGCAUUGGUGAAGCACGGUCAGAACUCCUCGAAGCCCCAGAAGGACAUGUGGCCCACGCCGAAGACGGAUGCCGAAGCCGAGCUGUGGUUCAAGGACUUCAUGGCUGCAGGACGCUACUCGGAGGAGUCCUACUGA